ACAGUAACCUAACCCCUCUCUCUCUCUCUCUCUCUCUCUCUCUCUCCCCUCCGUUUCCGUUUCCUCUUUUUCUUCCCUUCCUCCUCAACCCCGAUAAAUAAUCUUUAAACAAAAACACGCCCAAAAAAAACCCGACGACGACGACGUAACAUAAAACCGAAAACCCGACACACGAAACCGGGUCCGUCCAAUACACAGCGCGUGUCUUCCAGUCUCUGACCCCGGCCACCCCCCUCACCGAGUCGGUCAGCUUUCACCGUACGCACACACUCCCUGCUAUCAUGCGCCUCACGCGUCAGCCGACAACCGGCGCAUCCUCGCCGCUCAUCCUUAUCCCUUCCUUUCCCCUACUACUCCUAUUCCCCCCACCUACUCCCCUCCUCCUCAUCAUUCUAGAGAGAGAAACAAAGAAAGAGAGAGAAGGAAUUACCGUCGCCGUAAGUUUAAUAACCACCGCCAUCGGUUACAUCUCAGAUCAAAUUUAGAGAGAGAGAGAGGUGGGGGGGGGAGGAUGGGUGAAUUGGUAGAAUCGGUGACGCCCCAAACGGCGCCGUUGUCACGGACGCUGCCGUUCCGUGAGGACUGCUGGAGCGAGGAGGCCACGUCGACCCUCGUCGACGCGUGGGGCCGCCGUUACCUCGACCUGAACCGCGGCAACCUCCGUCAAAAAGACUGGCAGGAGGUGGCCGACGCCGUCAACGCCCGUCACGGCCACACCAAGAAGACUCGACGCACCGACGUCCAGUGCAAGAACCGGAUCGACACGCUGAAGAAAAAAUACAAGGUGGAGAAAGCUAGGGUUUCGGACUCCGACGGCGCCGUCCCGAGCCCGUGGCCGUUCUUCGACCGGCUCGAGGUUCUCAUCGGGCCAGCUGCGUCGGGGAAGAAGGUUUCCCCUUCCCCGCCUCUGGCCCUCCCCUUGCCCUACCGGAAGCCGGCCCCGGUUGCCGUGGUGCUUCCUCAGAAACGACCGGCCCCGGGCUCAGGUCCGGUCCCGGUUGUUUCGGAUUCGUACUUCAGGAGGAAUUACUCAGCGGUGGCUGCUGCAGCAGCAGCUGCCGAGGAGGAGGAGGAGGAGGAGGGGUCGGACGAUUUGGAGACGAGCGAGGAGAGCGGAGGAGGAGGGUGGAGGAAAUGGGGGGAUGGGGGAGAGGCGGAAGGGAUGAGGCAGUUAGCUAGGGCAAUAGAGAGGUUCGGGGAGAUUUAUCAGAGGGUUGAGGGGGAGAAACAGAGGCAGAUGAUUGAGUUGGAGAAGCAAAGGAUGCAAUUCGCAAAGGAUUUGGAGGUGCAGAGGAUGCAGCUGUUUAUGGACACCCAGGUACAGCUUGAGAAGAUCAAGCAAGCCAAGCGGUCUAGUUCGAAUGGGAGGUAUCAGGUAUAUCUACAACAAGGUCAACGGCGUCUUGGGCAUGUGUCCAGAUGUAGGUUACAUAAUCAUCAGGUUUGGACGUCUGGGACACCGGCAGGCUGGAGAACGAGUCUAUAGUUAUUCUGACUUAGGAGGGCAUUCGAGGAGGGGUAACUGAAAGGGAGCUGUGAACUCCUCAGUUUUCUGGCUAGAAAGUUUUGGUGGUAGUACUAGAUAGAAACUGGCAAAAAUGAAGAAAAAAAAAAAGUAAAAUAAGAUACGUUUGUGGAGUUCUUAAAAAAUCUAAACAAAGUUACUGCGCACUUUGGUGCUAUGCAAAAAGGGAAAGCCUUUGUUGCCUUAACAGGGGUUUUGGCAUUCUAAAGCUCCUCCAGCCUGUUGUGUAGAAUAUGGCUCUUGUCUUGUUAGGCAAUGUUGACUUUUUAUGAUGCGUAGAAUGUAGGCAAAGUUAUUUUCCGGUGGUGCUCUCUUCCUGAAAGAUAGGGGGGGUAUCUUUUGGGGCCUUUUGAUUUGUGUACUUGGUAUUUGGAGUUGGUGGGUAAUGCCACAGCCUGUUUGUAUUUUGUGCACUCAGUGGUGCUUGUAACCAGUAGGGGUGUAAAGUAAUUACCAGAACUGAAUACUGGACUGGCAGUGAAAACCAGUUUUUGGUUGGCCUUCAAAAGUUUUUUGCCUGGUUCAGUUUUAAAAUUA